AUGUUGACUUUCAUCGGCCGGGCCGCCGCGCGCCGCGCGCUGGCCUCUGCGGCGCCGUCCAGGCUCGCCCUCGGCUCGUCGGCGGCUGUGCACGUGCGGAGGGGCUUCUCGGGGUCGGCGUGGGCGCGCGCCGCAUCGGCUGCGACGGCCAAGAGGGCGGGCGCUGCGAAGACCAAGACGGCUAAACCAAAGGCCAAGGCGGCCAAGACGAGUGCGACAAAGGCCAAGAAGAAGGCGCCGGCAAAGAAGGAGAAGCCGGUCCUGAAGAAGAAGAAGGUGGUCAAGAAGAAGGCGGUCAAGAAACCCAAGAAGAAGACGCCGCCGACGCCCGAGCAAAAGGAAAAGGCCCAGGUGCGCGAGCUGAAGCGCAUGGCAUUGCUCAAGGGGCCCAAGAUGCUGCCCGCCAAUCCCUGGGCCAUCUACGUGUCGCAGAACUUGCCCGCCGGUGAUGAGCAGCUGGGGGAAAAGAUCAAAAAGGUCCAUGCCGACUAUGAAGCUCUGUCGGCAUCGGAGAAGGAGCGCAUGAACGCAACGGCGCAGGCCAACCAGGUGACCAACCAGCAAACGCGGCAGGCAUGGAUCGAGUCGUUCCCCUACGAGGUCGUCUACAUGGCCAACCUGGCCCGCCGGCAACUGGCGCGCAAACUCAACAAGGGCCGCCUCUACCUCAUCCACGACGAGCGCCAGCCCAAGCGCGCCAGCGGGCCCUACGGCCUCUUCAUCAAGUCGCGCUACCGCGGCCUCAGCGACUCCGGCUCCACGCAGGACAUCUUCCGCACAAUGGCCACCGAGUGGAAGGCCCUCAGCGAUGCCGACAAGAAGCCCUUCCAGGACAUGGCCGCCGCCGAGGCCCGCAAGGCCACGGAGCAGUUCAAGGAGGCCCGCGUCGCGGGCAAGGCCUACUGGCAGGCGCAAAAGGCUCCCGCGGGCCGGAUGUCCGAGUCCGCCUCAUCGCCCUAG